AUGACGCUAGAUGUACUGGACCCUGAAGGAGACUACACCCUCAGAUGCGGCGAUACCGAAUUCCUCGUUUCCUCCAAGUCUGUUUCACUCGCUGCGCCCCAGCUCAGCCGCGCCAGUAUCCAGCUCCUUGCCUCAGAAAACCCAAGGACUGUUCGCAUAUUCCUUAAUAUUGCCCACCACCUCUCCGACGAUGUCCCAACAGUGAUCAAUGGUGAUGAUGUGCUGAGCCUCGCUAAUUUCGUCGACAAGUAUAAAUGUCAUUCCGCGAUAACGGCUCACGCCCAGCAAUGGCUGCAGAGGAAUUGGGAGGGCUUAUCCGGAGAGGAUCUUUGGAAAGCACUUCGCUUCGCAUGCACUAUGAAUAUUGAAAAAGACUACAUCCAAAUCUUUCGACAGCUGGUUACCUCGCAUGCGGGGCCAUUCCACUCGUGGGCUUUCGCCGCUAACAACAACAGUUCUGUGCCGGAGGACACCCUAGAUGCACUAGACAAACAUCAGACAAGACUUCGUUUCGUGACCCUGGAAGCCGUUCUGGACAUGCCCGCAUUACUCGCGGAAUCGGACUGCCAGCAGGCCCAGGUUUUCAUCGGCUCGUAUAUGCAGUCCUUACGCAGACUGGGUAUUCUACCAGGGACUACAUCCUUUCAGUCAAAAACAUACUCCGAAGUACGCGGCCAAGCACGACAGCUGCCUAUUGCUUGGUAUCCUGCUCACGCCAGCGGCUGCUGCAGUACAUACAUUUGGUUAGAACAGAGAGGGCACCUGUUGGAGAAAUUGGAGGAUUGCUUGAGCAGGAUGUCGGAGGACCACUGA